AGAGGGCUCCAACUGCUUCACUGCCCUCACUGCUCUCUCCCUCCCUCUCUCUCUCUCUCCCUCUCUGUCGUUCGCCUCGGUGACCAUGCUGUCUGCAGAUAUCCCGCCGAAUCAGACCAUCUACAUAAAGAAUCUCAAUGAGAAGGUGAAGAAGGAAGAAUUGAAGAGAUCGCUUUAUGCUUUGUUUUCCCAAUUUGGAAGAAUUUUGGAUGUUGUUGCUCUGAAGACUGCCAAACUACGAGGUCAAGCAUGGGUGGUAUUCGGUGAAGUGACGGCUGCAAGUGCUGCUGUGCGCCAAAUGCAAAGUUUUCCAUUCUAUGACAAACCAAUGAGAAUACAAUAUGCCAAGUCAAAGUCUGAUUGUGUUGCAAAAGCUGAUGGUACAUAUGUUCCAAAAGAGGAAAAGAAGAAGCAGGAAGAAAAAGCUGAAAAGCGUCGCAAGGCAGAAACCGAACAGCACCCAGGUGCCGGUCCUAAUGCAAGUGCUCAAAAUAAUGGGGCUUUCCAAUCGUUCCGCCAAGGGAAACCCACUUCGCAAGAGGCAGCUGCAUCUCCUAACAAUAUUCUGUUCAUCCAGAAUUUGCCUCAUGAGACGACAAGUAUGAUGCUGCAGAUGCUUUUCCAACAAUACCCUGGUUUCAGAGAAGUGAGGAUGAUCGAAGCGAAGCCAGGUAUUGCUUUUGUUGAAUUUGGAGAUGAUGUGCAGUCAUCCAUCGCUAUGCAAGCUCUGCAGGGAUUCAAAAUCUCGCCGCAGUAUCCCAUGGCUAUAACAUAUGCCAAAAAGUGAGAAAAGACGACGAGGAAAACCAACUGAAUGUCGGCCUCAUCCUUCAACGUGGUCCCCCAUUUCCUUCAUAUGGUGGCAGGUGCUCUGUGUUGUUGACAUUCUGUUGCCCAGCUUUUUCUGAAUUGUUUGUCUGCAACGGAGAAACCCCUGUAUGGUAUCACAGUCACUCCCGCACAGCAGAUGUGCAGAGUUUACAUGUGAAAAUGCUGAUUGUGCUGAAAUGGCUUGAUGAAGGACCUCUUUGUUUAAAGGGUGAGUGUCCAUGUUUUUGUUCAAAAACUCUUCGCUGGCUGCACACAAAUUGUUUUUUGAUGAGAAUUGUGUUUAUUAUACUUUCUAAACCCGUGGGGAUUGCCUUCAAAAUUUGUUUCUCUCGAUAAAAAAUGUUGACAUUGAGAAAGUGCUGUCUUUUUCUCUCA